UUUGCCGAUGCUUGCCCCUCUAAAAACUGCGGUGGUUGCAUCUCCAAUAAUCGGUCUUGCUGCACUGAAUGGCAUUUUUGGAUACCGUUGCCGUCAGUAUAUGGGAAAGGAUCGACCCAAGGAAAUUGCAAAUAGGAUCGAUCCACGGAUUUGUUCGUCAGAAGAGGAAAGUUUGCUUUUGAAGAGUGUUAGAGCGGCCGAUAUUUUUGCUGUUCGAUGGGCGAUGAAGUACUUGCUCCACGUCCGGAAUCGAGUCCACCACUAUAACUUACUACGUCUAUUUAGCGCGAUCGAUCGUCCCAAAGGGGUUGGUCUUCUCACAGUUUGUAAUCACGUUUCGACUUUGGACAGCGCAUCGAUUGUUCCGUCUAUCAUCCCGCUCCGCAACAUGCUAACAAGUCGUAAUUGCGGGUUUUGGAACCUCGCUGCAGAGGAGAUUAUGUUCUGCACUCCCCUAAAGAACAUGAUCAGCAGCCUCGUGAAAGUCAUGCCCAUCGAUCGGAAUGGCGGUGUAUUUCAGCCCGCGCUUUCCGACUUCACAGAACGAGUUACCCGCGGGGAUUGGGUGCAUAUGUUCCCAGAGGGCCGUACCUAUCAAGACCAGCUGAAGAGUUGCCGCGAUUCUUUGGGCCGCCGCGUUCGAAAGAGCGGGAGAGCGGCGCCUCCGGGCCGCGACUUGGGACCGAUGAAAUGGGGAGUGGGGAAGGUGAUUUUUGACGCGAUAACGAAGAAUUCCCGCGGUGACGAGGCGUUUGGGUUUGCGAACGGAGUGAACGGUGGGAAGCUGAUCGUGCUCCCGUAUUACCAUCUGAACAUGGAGCGGAUUUUGCCGGAGGACGAGGAUUUGAAGCUGAUUAGCAAUUUUCCGCGGACAGGAGCGGACGUUUAUUGCAUGAUCGGGGAGCCGGUCGAUUUUUCGGAUCUUGUUUGUGUGUUUUAUAAACGAAUUGGGGAAAUGGAAGAAGGGGAGGAGAAGAGGAAGGUGCAGUAUGAGUGCUAUAAGGCCAUUACUGAUCGUCUGGAACAGGUAGGGAUUGGAGGAUGGGGCUCGAUGGAAAGGAGAUGGAGAGAUGUAUGUUUAGUUACAAUUUGUCUGUCUGGAAAGGUGUCGUUUAAAAUCACGCUGACCUCAGAUCCCAAGCUUCCCUAUAAAAUAAUCAGCAUUCCUGAAUCAGCUCCUUUUUUGGCUGUAUUGAAAUUCGCUGCUCAGCAAUGCAAUUAUUACAAAUGGCAAGAUAUUCAUUGUGUUGUUGAAUGGAUAGAUGGCUCAGGGAUCAAUCCGCAGCAGACUGCAGGGACUGUAUUUCUGAAGUAUGGAUCGGAAUUACGUCUCAUUCCGCGUGAUCGUGUAGGUGGGUUGUGA